AAUACCAAAAAAAAAAAAAAAAUAAUAAUAAAAAAGUAAUCAUAAACAAAUUAGCUGUGCAGCGUAAAGGAAAAAUUGGCAGCAAAAAUGGAGGAGCCAUCGGACGAUGAGAACUUUGAGCCAACGCCAAAAAAGAUCAAGCGCGAUUGGCUCAAUAGCUAUUGCUAUUCGAACAAGGCCAUGGGCAUGAUGAAGAAAAUGGGUUAUGAGGACGACAAGGGUCUGGGUAAGAGCAAACAGGGCCGCUUGGAGCCAGUUAUUGCCGUGCAGCAGGAUGGACGUCGUGGCUUUGGCCUAAAAUUGAGCACCGUCCAUUGGUCUGCCGGUAAAUGGGAUCCGAGCUGUGAGGAUUUGGAAAUACCAGAGCCAGUGAUUUGGUUAAAUCAAAUGGGUGACAAUUGCGGCGCCUAUACAUUGGAACAGCUGAUGGGGCACAUGAUAACCGGACCACGUAAGCUCACCCUUGACGAUGAGACGCAAUUCUGUGAUCCAGAGAUUUUACAGCACAUCCUAAAUGCGAAGACCGUGUUCGAUGACCUAAGCGAUACGGAAAAGCGACGUGCACGCUCCCGAUGCAAUCCGUUCGAGACAAUACGCAGCUCCAUAUUUUUAAAUCGUGCCGCCGUCAAAAUGGCCAACAUUGAUUCCAUGUGCGAUUAUAUGUUCACACAGCCCCGAGAUUCCCAUGGCAAUUCGCUGAUCGGCACAAAUGAGCUCCUCUACUUUGCGGACAUGUGCGCGGGACCCGGCGGCUUCUCUGAAUAUGUGCUAUAUCGAAAAUCAUGGAAGGCCAAAGGAUUUGGUUUUACGCUACGCGGCACCAACGAUUUUAAGCUAGAUAAAUUCUUUGCCGCCUCACCGGAAUCAUUUGAUGCCUACUAUGGCAUCAAGGAAGAUGGCAAUAUAUUCGAUCAGAGCAAUCAGGAUUCAUUGAACGAUUAUAUACGAAAGCAUACACCGCAAGGUGUACACUUUGCCAUGGCCGAUGGCGGUUUCUCUGUGGAAGGACAAGAGAAUAUCCAAGAGAUACUAUCCAAGCAGCUGUAUCUAUGCCAAUUUGUUACCGCCCUCAAAAUAUUACGCAUCAAUGGCAGCUUUGUGUGCAAACUGUUUGAUCUGUUCACGCCGUUCAGCGUGAGUCUUGUCUAUUUAAUGUACAAGUGCUUCCAGCAAAUCGCAAUUAUCAAACCAAAUAGCAGCCGGCCAGCGAACUCGGAGCGUUAUAUUGUAUGCAAAUACAAGCUGGCCGACACAGAGGCAAUCGUUAGCUAUAUGAACAUGGUCAAUAAGAUAUUGAACGAUGAGAGCGAUAAUAAGGAACAUCAAAUCCAAAUCGAUGUACUUGAACUGUUCGAUCGCAAUGAGAUGCUACAGGAUGAGCAUUUUCUACGCUAUAUCAUUGAUUCGAACAAUGCGAUUGGCAAUAAACAGAUUGUUGGCCUGCACAAGAUAGCCGCAUUUGCCCAAAAUCUGGAACUAAAGGAGGCUAGACAGUCGGAGGUGCGACAGGAGUGCCUAAAAUGUUGGGCACUGCCCGAUAAGCUGCGACAGGCGCCGGAAGUGAAAACCACCGAACGUCUGCUGGAGGAGCUAUUGCGAGAUUGGUCCAAUGAUCGCAACUGGCUACACAUACCGGCCAUGGAGCUAAAGGGCGUUGCGCCAUUGCACACCGACAUACUGAACGUUAGCGAUUGGCAUUUCAUGCCCAUUGGACGUGGCGAAAUAAAUAUUAACGGCUGUACGCUAUUUCUAUGCAAAUCACGCGGCAAUUUGCUGCGCUAUACGGAGCACAGAAAAUGGGAACAGGUCGAGUCCAGUUUCAAUGUACAGCCGCGUUCCAUAUUCUUUGGCGAGAUUGUGUUCGAAUAUAGCGGCGAGGGACGAACAUCGCAGAGUGUAUCGGCGCUGCAUAUCAUGGAUGCCAUCUGUUUGGGCGGCAUCGAUAUACGGCGACGGCCAUUUCUUGAGCGGGUCGGCAUGUGUGCCAUGUAUGCGCGCAGUUUGAAUAAGCCGCACAAAAAGGAGCGGACAUGCGGUGCGAUACGCUGCAAGCCGAUCUUUCGGCUGCAGGAUAUGAGCCGUUUCUUUAACGAGAUGCGUCCCUAUGUGCUCAAGGAUAAUUCACAGAGAUACGGCUAUCUGCUCGAUGAUCAGAAAUUCUUUGUGCCCGGCGGCAUUAUCAUAUUCUGUGAACUGGCCGUCAAUUUUGUGACCGCCUAUUCCAGAUCACAUCAGCAAAUCUAUUAUUAUAAUACCAAUACCAAGGAGUCACUGUUUAAGGAACAAAUCGAGCCGCAUCGCUUCAACGAGGUAUUCUCCUCGUUCCGGCACAGCUAUUCGCGUCGCAAGCUCUGGAAAUGGACGAGCACACUGCAGGUGGACGAGCAUGCCACCGAGGAGCAUCCAAAGAUAUUGUAUCGCAGCAAUUUUGAGCAAUUCAUAAGAAAGAAACUGACGCCCCAUCCCAACUAGAAACCUAAGUCAAUUCAAAUGCAAAGCACACAUCGGACCGACAAUUGGCCAAUUACAAUUUUAAACGAUUUCAACAAAUUCGUUUUCUAAGCUGCAGACCGAAAAAAAAAA